AUGUCGCCGGUGAACUAUGCUGGCUUGGCCUUGUACUUCGUGGUGUUGGCCAUCUCAAUGAUAGCUUCAUACUGCAGCACCAAGUCAGGUGCACGCAGAGGAGCCUCGGGGCUCUUGAUCGCCGUCACGUGGUUUUAUAUCUUGCGCUUUACCAUCAACUAUCCAAAGACCUCGUGGUACCAAGAUGGCUUGAAUUUAUUUGAUGUGGCAUAUGCCGAUGUGAUUUGGGGACAAGAAACUGGCAACUGGGGCUACACGCAGAUGCUUCUUUGUUGGGCCAUUGUGGGCACUGUUUGGACUAUCAAUGCCCCCCUCUAUUACCAGCUCUUCGGCUUGUUUGGUGCAAUGUCUGGGAGCUAUUGCCUGAUUUUGCCUGAACAUCGACGAGAACGCGAAGAAGAUCGUGACACCGUGCACAUCUCGCUGCUGGUGGCAUGUUUGAUGGCUUUCUUGUGUGUAUGGAUGUUGCCAAUGAGCAAGACAUACCGGGAGUUGAGCUGGUGGCUUUGGGGAUUGCAUGUUUGCCUGAUCGUUCCCAAAGUUCUCGGCCUUGGCCGCCUUGGCCCUCGAGUCCACAAGGGCAUUGUCUAUUUGGCUGAUGAGGUCCUUUGCGUCGGCUGUGGCCAGGGGCAGGAGCUUCAAUUCUUCCGAGAACGCUUCCACCCCACGCGCCUCCAGGGCUUGGAUGCUCAUGGUACGCGACCCGAAGCUCCGGAAGAGAUCCGAGUGGGUCGAGUGGAAGAGAUGGCCCAUGGAGUGAACCACAUCCGUUGUGGGGAAUUCUCCAAGAUCCUGGCAGUGGACUGCGUCUACCACUUCCAGAAGGCCAGAUUUCUCAGAGACUCCGCCAAGCUGGCCAGAGAGAGUUUGUCCAUGACAGACGUGGUGCUGCGCCCUGAUGCACCCUGGUGGAUCCGGCUGUUGCUUUGUGCAAUGAACAUUCAAUGGUCCAACCACUGGACUGAGCCGCAGUAUCGCAAGGCCUUGGAAGAGGCUGGCUUCUCAAAGAUCUCUUGGAAAUCACUGGAACCUCAUGUGCUAUCACAGCUGCCUGGUCUCAGUUCUUUAGCUCCUUACUUGGACUAUGUCUUAAUCCACGCGGAGGUGAAGAAACACCCCAGGCCACUGGCUGCAGUGAUUGGCUCAGGGAUGAGUGGUUUAAUUGCGGCCCAUCUCUUGGAAGCGACCCAUGACGUGGUCAUCUUCGAGGCGGGCCCCAAGUGUGGCCUUGUGGGGCUACAGGAGGAUCUUGGAGGUGUGGCAGUUGAUGUUCCUUUGAGAUUCAUGAUGCCUCACUAUUAUCAAGAGCUCCUACAAGUGAUCCGCCAGCUGAAGAUCCCCACGAAAGCAGUGCCUUACAACGCGGCCUAUCAGUGUGGUGAUGAGAUGUUGAUGUUCACCGUCUUCUUCCGCCCCGAGCUGCCCAAUGAGACCUUCUUGGAAUACAUGAAGCGCCACAAGCUCCAUGAUCAUGAGGCCUACCGGAUCUAUAGCUUGCACUUGAGCUGGAUGCUGUCUUGUACAUAUGAGCAAGCCAAUGGCACACCUGCCGGUGUAAUCUUAGGCUUCAUUCGAGCCAGCAACCCCUUUGUGCGAAUGUAUCAGUCCAGCGGGAACAUCCUGCGUGUCUAUCCGACCAUGAGGGCCUUGCAGGAUCGACUGCUGGAGGGGAAGGUGCUCAAGGUCAACUCUCCUGUGGCUCCUUUCAAUGGCAGCAGAGAGAUCGAUGGCACCAUGUACGAUGCUGUCAUUGUUGCCACCGAUGCACCCGCCGCGGGAUAUUUGUUGGGAGGUGAGUGGCAGGCCAUGCUGUCCAAGAUUCAUUACCAGAAGGGUCGGAUCAUUGUGCACAAGGACCCUGCCUUGAUGCCGCCCAAAAAGGAAGACUGGCGGACCUUCAAUGUGAGAGAAGAUGGGCCAGAUAGCACUUGCCAAAUUACCGUUUGGCUGAACAAAUUUUGGGGAAGAGAUGACCUCAGUGAGAAUCUCUUUGAGACUUGGAAUCCCGCACAAGAGUGCUCGCCAGAUCUCAAAGUGAAAGAUGUUCAGCUGUCCAGAGCAACCUAUACCACUGCCAUGCAUGAGUUGUGGUCCUGGAUUCAAGAAAAGCAGGGCCAAGAUGGGUUCUACGUGGCUGGCGCGUACACCUUGGAGGGAAUGAGCCUGUCGCUCAGCUGCUGA